AUGGCGGCACUCCAGAGCCAGCUACCGCUGCAACGUGGGAGAAAAGUGGCCUUUUGUCAGCCACCUCGCGAUGGACAGAGUGGCUCCGAGGAAGAGUGGAUAUUGGCCACGGUGAUGGGCACGAUUCAUGGCGACAAGUACCGGUAUGUGGUCCAGGACGCGGAAGAUGAGAGCACUGGUGGACCCACAUGGAAUACGACUAUCGACUCGAUCAUCCCAUUGCCCAACAGCGCAGAUACCCUUCCGUCAGAAGAAUAUGCAAUCGGGACGCGUGUGCUGGCCCUGUAUCCCGACACAAGCUGCUUUUACUGGGCGACGGUGCAGGGGGGUGGCCCCAACACCCAAGCGCACACGCUGCGGAGCAAGUCGCAAAGACGCGAUGCAGAUAUGCUGCAAGCUCCCUACAAGCUCAUGUUCUACGAUGACGGCGCGGACGUGAAGCAGGUACCGGCGUACCUGGUGAUGACAUGGCAGCAGCAGAUGAUGACUCCAUCUUGGAAUCAAGCGCCACGCAAGAAAAAGGAGAAGAAUACCGAGGCACCCAAGAAGAAGGAGAAGACCAAGGCGCCUGCGGUGGAGAAGGUUGGCUCCAAUAUGACGUGGCAGCAGGAGCUCUUUCUACAGAGCAAGCGCGUGGGACCAGCGUUCGAUCAUGCGGCCGAUGCGCGGGACGAGCAAACAUUUGGAGGCGAGUCUGCACUGCGACCCAAGUCGGCCCCACCAGGUACAACUGGUACGCCGGAGCGCCGUAAAGCUGGCAAGUCCAAGGGUAGCAACAAGAACACACGGGUGCCGAAUACGCCGCAAAAGAAGCAGGGUAGCGCGCCUGUGGCCUAUGCCGGCCCUACUUUCCACAACUCGCCAUCCGCAGCGAGUCUCCCGACGCCCAAGUUUGCCAAUCGCGGCGCCAGGUCGCCGCUGUCAGAGCCAGCCAGUGCAGAACCUUCAACCAACAUGACACCGCUUCAUGACUCGACGGUGCCCUCGCCGCCGCCACUUCAGACGGUCGAUCGCCUGCUGGCUCAGAUGCUCAAGACAUCUGUGGCAGGAACCGAGUUGUUCCUCCACCUUUCUCGCCGCGUCGAGCGCGACGCGCCAGCCAAGACGAGCUCCCUACAAGUGCUGGACGAGAGCGGCUCAGCUGCCCUCGUGCAAGCCGAGGGACGAGGGGUGGGUCGUCUGUCGUGGCAUGUACCUGCGCGCUUCAAAACGCGCCCCGCUCUAAAUGCCGUGACACGUGCCCAGCAUUGGUUUCCCAAUACGGGGCGCCAUGGCAUCCCCCUUCAUCAUCAGACACCGGUGCACGAGCGCGCACUGCAUGCACUUACAUUUCUGCGCAGGUACCAUAUGAGUGUGGAUGUCCCGUCGCAUGUGCUUGCAGAGGCCGUCCUGAACGACGAGCAGAUCGAGCUGCGUCAAGCCGACGAGGGACACAUGCAUACAGGGCCUACCACCAUCGUCCUGCCAGGUUCGCGGGGAGAAGCGUGGCUCGUCUGUGUGGGCGGACAGAAUCGUUCGGAUCUCUACAUUUCGACGAUUCGGCGAGAUGGCCCUGAGGUCGAAUGCAUCGCGGCAGCACUCCCAGCUCUGCAGACGACUGCGCCGAUCUUGCAGGUCGCACGCUGCAACGCAGAUACGCAGAUCCUUGUGCGGACGUGGACGACGACCUUUGUGGGCCGCGUGAUGGCGCUCGCCCCCGACGACACAGGUCCGCGCUUCGUCGUGCGCGUGUUAGCCCACGUACACACAGGAGCGGCCGUACCUACGCGACAAGUUGAUGCGCUCGCGACGCAGGACAGCCAGGCGCAUCUCGUAGAUGCGCAUGGUACGCUGCGUGUUUGGGAUUUUGCUGCUCAGAAACCGUACCUUCCUCGAGACGAGUCGGAUCACAUCUGGAUGCUUGCGGCCAAGGCAGGUCCGUCCGUCUGGGCAGCCUCGUGCUCGACCCUGAUGGCCGUCGACCUUCGUGCCCCGAAACAUGCUGUGGUGGCGAGCACGUCGCAUUCCGUCGAGGCACUCCGGCGAGCGAAGAUCACGUCGAUCUGCUCGCCGUCGCUAUCGUAUGAUGCCCCUCUAGUGACGAUGGCGACGACAGAUGUGGUCGAAUACUACGAUACACGGUAUCCAUCCGUCCCGCUUCAUACGUGGACGCACCGGCGCGGCUUUGAUCGGACGCUCUCGCUAACAUCACUUGGGACGGCUGAGCAUGCGAUCACUUGUUUGUCGUCGCAACGCAACAGGUUACGCACCCUGUACGAUGUGCGGCACGACAAGACCCACCUGGCCUUUUCUAUGCCAAGUAUGCUGCAUGCCUCGUCGCUCUUGGCGCACGAGCCAGUGUCGCCUGCGCCGCCGUGCUUGGUGGAUAUGACGGCGCUGCCUGGCUGGGAUGACUGGACACCGGCGCAUCAUGGCCAUGUGUUGCAGCUGGAACAAACCAUGCGCGGGGCUCUCUAUGCGCAGUGGCUCGGCCCUUUGCCUGAGGAGGGCCGAGACGACCACAGCCCUGCGUCGCAGGUCCUGUGGUCGUCACAGGCGCAGCAAAAUGAAAAUGAGGCUUGCAACACCCACGAUGCGGGGCCCUUCGGUGAACUCGAGACGACACCCGUCGACUUCCGUACCCUGUACAAAGCGACGGUGCUGGGAUGGCUCGGCACAGAUACCCCUGACAGUCUUGGGCAUGCACUGCCUGAGCGCCUUGCUGCGCUGCAUGAGCCGCCCACCAAGCUUGUGCCUGUCCCUCAUACCCUUCAAGAUCCAGACCGUGCUGGUUCGUCGCUCCUGCACACGGGCGCCGCAGCACACAGCCCUACGUUGCUAGCAUCGGAAGCCAGUCAGGGCGCCCUCGACCGUGUAUGGGACAUCUUUCCGACCGCGCACCUUGCGCCCCUGGUCGACGCGGCUGCGCCCAGAGCAGCGCGCGAUAUGCUAUCUUGGCUUCAACGGAGACACAGCGCUGUGCCUGAUGCAUUGGCCGAGGCGCGCAUGCAGGAGGCCGUGGACGUGGCGCUGGCUACGACGUGGGUACCAGGGCCGAGCUGCUGCGAGGUGCCCGAGCCGCAAAAUGGCAACUGGCGAUGGGACCACACGUCCGAGCCGCAGGCGCCCGAGACACCGCCGCUGGCUCUCCCGGCCGGCACGGAGCUCAGCGAGACGGCCAAGAUGCUACUCAUGGAAUGGCCGCUAGGCGCGCCUACAAGCACAUACAAUUACGAGAACCCCUACGGCGGACUCGAUCUGGCGCCGACCUAUCGCAGCACAGCAGCGGCACAGCUACAUGCUCCGUCGGCGAGUCAGCCUGUGCGGCAAGCUGUGAUCCGCGCUCGCCGCGCGUCCCGGCCGGCAGCGGACGAGCGCCCCCGUGCAUCCCAGGCGCGCGAGCACGCGGUCCCUGCCUCGCAGGUGCCCUCGAGUCAGGAUACGCCCAUGCCACAGACGCAGCUCGAGCCUGGUCGCUUUGCUCAGGCCCCACGGGCGCCAGCGAGGAAAAAGAAGCGGCUGGGUGGCUUCUAG